GGUGCUCUUAGGUUCUUCGUCUUCCCUCUCAUUCUGAAACAUUUUCGAAAGAGAGAGAUUAGAGAAGAAGAAUGUGUGGAAUAUUCGCGUAUCUGAAUUUCCACGCGAACAAAGAGAGACGUUACAUUCUCAACGUUCUGUUCAAUGGCCUCCGUCGUCUCGAGUACCGCGGCUACGAUUCCGCAGGCAUCGCCAUCGAUUCUUCUUUGCUCUCUCAAAACUGCCCUACCUCUUCUCCUCCGCUCGUGUUUCGUCAGGCUGGCAACAUCGAAUCACUCGUCAAUUCCGUCAACGAAGAGAUUGCGAAUACAGAAUUGAACUUGGAGGAGGUUUUCUAUUUUCACGCUGGGAUUGCACACACGAGGUGGGCUACUCAUGGUGAGCCAGCUCCCAGGAACAGUCAUCCUCAGUCUUCUGGUCCUGGUGAUGAUUUUCUGGUUGUUCACAAUGGCGUUAUCACUAACUAUGAGGUACUGAAAGAGACGUUAGUCAGGCAUGGAUUUACUUUUGAAUCUGAUACAGACACUGAAGUCAUUCCCAAGCUUGCUAAAUUUGUUUUUGACAAAGCCAAUGAAGAAGGUGAGCAGACCGUAAGUUUCUGUGAAGUUGUCUUUGAAGUGAUGAGACACCUCGAGGGUGCUUAUGCUCUUAUUUUCAAAAGCUGGCGUUAUCCUAACGAGUUAGUUGCCUGCAAGCGUGGAAGUCCCUUGCUUUUAGGCGUUAAAGAGCUAGACCAAGAUAUGAGCAACACUCAUGUUUUCAAGGAUGCCCACUUUCUUUCCAAGAAUGACCAUCCUAAGGAAUUCUUCUUAUCAAGUGACCCGCACGCUCUUGUUGAGCACACAAAGAAAGUUUUGGUGAUUGAAGAUGAAGAAGUUGUUCAUCUCAAGGAUGGAGGCGUUGACAUACUUAAGUUUGAAAGGCGUAGUGGUUCAUCUAGACCUGCUUCAGUGGAACGUGCAUUAUCUGUUUUAGAGAUGGAGGUUGAGCAAAUAAACAAGGGCAAGUAUGAUCAUUACAUGCAAAAAGAAAUCCACGAGCAGCCGGAAUCUCUAACUACUACAAUGAGAGGCAGGCUUAUACGCGGUGGUUCAAGCAAACCGAAAACAGUCCUCCUAGGUGGGUUGAAGGAUCACCUCAAGACCAUAAGACGCAGCCGUCGUAUAGUUUUCAUCGGGUGUGGGACAAGUUACAACGCCGCUCUUGCAUCAAGACCUAUCUUGGAAGAACUCUCUGGUAUACCAGUCAGCAUGGAGAUUGCUAGUGAUCUCUGGGACCGGCAAGGUCCCAUAUACAGAGAGGACACGGCGGUGUUUGUGAGUCAGUCUGGUGAAACAGCAGAUACAUUACUGGCCUUGGAUUAUGCUCGCGAAAACGGUGCCUUGUGUGUCGGGAUAACUAACACAGUUGGGAGCUCCAUAGCUAGAAAAACAGACUGUGGUGUCCAUAUUAACGCAGGAGCUGAGAUCGGUGUGGCAAGUACAAAGGCAUACACAAGUCAGAUCGUGGUGAUGGUAAUGCUAGCUCUAGCGAUUGGAAGUGACACAAUCUCCAGCCAAACUAGACGGGAAGCUAUAAUUGAUGGGCUGCUUGAUUUACCGAAUAAGAUUGGGGAAGUACUAAAGCUAGACGAGGAAAUGAAGGAUCUUGCAAAACUGUUGAUAGAGGAGCAGUCACUGCUUGUGUUUGGAAGAGGAUACAACUACGCAACAGCAUUAGAAGGAGCACUGAAAGUAAAAGAAGUAUCACUUAUGCACAGCGAAGGAAUACUUGCAGGAGAAAUGAAACACGGGCCUUUAGCUUUAGUUGAUGAGAAUCUACCUAUCGCUGUGAUCGCCACUCGCGAUGCUUGUUUCAGCAAACAACAAUCUGUGAUUCAGCAACUACACGCACGCAAAGGGAGAUUGAUAGUGAUGUGCUCAAAAGGCGAUGCUGCGUCUGUGAGCUCGAGUGGAUCUUGUAGAGCAAUAGAGGUUCCUCAAGUGGAAGAUUGUUUACAGCCUGUUGUUAAUAUAGUGCCAUUACAGUUAUUGGCGUAUCAUCUGACUGUUCUGAGAGGACACAAUGUUGACCAGCCGAGGAAUUUAGCGAAGAGUGUGACAACUCAGUAGAGAGCCAAAAGGGAAGAGUAUGACUAGUUUUUGUAUAGUUUUUCGAAUGCAUUUGGAUUUUCGUGUUAGUCUCGUUAAACCCAUCGUAAUUUUGUUAUCACACAAAUGGAAGCUUAACCGAACCAAAAUUUAUGUAAGCU